AUGAGGUGGUUUGAAUGCUCUUUGUUGGUGGUUUUCUUAGUUGAUUUACUUGCCACCACAGGAGACCUUACUUUAUCAUGGACAUCCCCAAUCUACCCGAAAUUGUACUCCAACAACACAUCAAUCAACCCCCUGGGACGACGGAUAUCCAAGAAUGAAGACGCCUGGCUAGGUUCCCUUCUUAAUUUCGGCGCUAUAAUCGGCCCUUUACCAUUUGGAUACAUAUCAGAAACGUUUGGAAGAAAAACCGGACUACUAUCGAUAGCUUUACCUCAUAUUUUAUCAUUUCUAAUUUUUGCUUUUGCCAAAACGAUACAUUUAUUUUACGUAGCUAGAUUUUUAGGUGGAGUGGCUCUAGGGGGCGGCUACUGUUUAUACGUCAUUUACAUAGCUGAGAUAUCAAAAGAUUGUAACAGAGGCAAAAUGUCUUUAACUAUCAAUAUUUUUUGCGCUAUAGGAAACUUUUUACCGUUUGUUAUAGGUCCGUUUACUUCGAUAUUUUUAUUCAACAUUAUCCUGGCUUUCAUACCCGUUACUUUCUUUCUUCUAUUUUUCUUUUUGGCUCCGGAGAGUCCUUACUACCUGGUAGGUGCUAAGAAAGACAAGGAAGCCGAGAAAGCUUUAAUGUACUUAAGAUGCAAGGAUCAAAAUGGGGUAGCCGAAGAAUUAAAUUAUAUAAAAUCGUUCAUUGGAAUGGACGAUCAAGGUCGGUUAAUUGAUAUUGUAAGGAAUAAAAUUUUGAGGAAAUCGUUUCUGAUUUGUUUGAUAUUGAUAGCGACACAGGAUUUGUCAGGUUUUUGCGCUAUAACUUACCAUUUACAAACUAUAUUCGAGGCAACGGGUACCAGAUUCAGACCCGAUUUGUCUGCUAUAAUCGUAGGUGUGGCUCUCUUAUUGUCUAGCUUCAUAGCACCGUUUUUGGUAGAUAAGGUAGGUAGAAAACCUUUAAUUAUAUGCUCUUGUGCGGGUAUGUUUAUAGCUUUAAACUUACUAGCUGGGUUCUUUUAUCUACAUGACAGAAACAUCAGUACCAAGUCGAUAUAUUGGUUACCAAUAUUUAGCCUUAUUUUAUACAUAGUAUUCUUUAAUGUAGGAGUUUGUACAGUACCUUGGACACUAAUGUCCGAACUGUUUCCUAACAACAUGAAACAAAUGACUACGGCAGUAGCUUCGUGUUUCGGUUGGAUAUCUUCGUUUUUGGUGACAAAAAGUUUCCACGAUAUGAACAGUACCAUGGGCCGUUGCGGGACUUUUUGGUUCUUUUCGUCUAUGUGUUUACUGUGUGGUACUUUCAGUGUGUUUUACUUGCCGGAAACAAAGGGUAAAAGCUUCAGUCAGAUACAGAAAAUGCUGUCUGCUACAUCAGAAACGGACUGA